AUAGAGGGCCCGCCUCCUGUAGCAGUGUACACACAGUAUACAGAUGUAUAUGAGGCAUAUAGUGUAGACAGGUGUCGGGCACACGUGUGUAUAUAGAGGGCCCCGCCCCCCGUAACCGUCUUUCGGCUUUGCUCCAUUCACUAUGCCGUCCCCAAUCCCCGUUGAGCGGUUCCUCCCCCGGGAUCUGUCCCCUUCCAUAGACCUCCGUCCAUGUAGCAGUCCUCUGGAGCUGAGCCGUUACAAGUCCGGUGAUGGGAGCGCUUUCUGCAGCCGCCCGGCCCCGCGCAGGCUCCCUCCCCGCCUGGCCUGGUGCAGCAUAGACUGGGAGCAGGUUCGGAUUCUGGAGCCGCUGGGCUCGGGGGGCUUCGGCUCGGUGUACCGGGCCACCUACCGCGGGCAAACCGUGGCUCUGAAGAAGGUAAAGCGCAGCAGCAAGAAUCGCCUGGCGUCCCGGCAGAGCUUUUGGGGUGAGCUGAACGCCGCUCGCCUCUGUCACCCGCACGUGAUCCGCGUCCUGGCCGCCAGCGCCUCAUGCCCCGGGGACACCGGUAGUCCCGGCACCAUAAUCAUGGAGUACGCCGGCAGCUGCACCCUACACCGCCGCAUCUACGGCCGGAGCCCCCCGCUGGGGAAAGCCUGCUGCCUGCGCUACGCCCGGCACAUCACGGACGGCCUCCGCUUCCUGCACCGGGGCGGCGUGGUUCACCUGGACCUGAAGCCGGCCAACGUGCUGCUGGCCUCGGGAGACCUGUGCAAGAUCGGGGACUUCGGCUGCUCGCAGAGGAUGCGGGAGCACGACGGGGAAGCCUGCAAUACUCAACUCCGCCACCUAGGGGGCACCUACACCCACCGGGCACCGGAGCUGCUCCGCGGAGAGCCGGUCACCGCCAAGGCGGACAUCUACUCCUUCGCCAUCACCUUGUGGCAGAUGGUGACCCGGGAGCUGCCCUACACCGGGGACCGCCAGUGUGUGCUCUACGCCGUGGUGGCCUAUGACCUGCGCCCGGAGAUCGGGGACAUCUUCCUGGGGACCGAGGAGGGCAAGCUGACCAGGGACAUCGUACAGAACUGCUGGGCUGCCCGGCCCGAGGAGCGACCCAAUGCCGAGGAACUGAUCAACGCCAUCGACCUCAUCCAUACCGAGGAGGACAGCCCUAUGGUCCCUGAGCACAGUCCCAAACAGGGUGGGCCCCAGGACAGCCCUAUGGUCCUUAAGCACAGCCCUAUGGCCCCUGAGCAACGCCCUAUGGUCCCUGAGCACAGUCCCCAACAGGGUGGGCCCCAGAAAGACAGCCCUAUGAUCCUUGAGCACAGUCUCCAACAGGGUGGGCCCCAGGAGCACAGCCCUAUGGCCCCUGAGCACAGUCCCAAACAGGGUGGGCCCCAGGACAGCCCUAUGGUCCUUAAGCACAGCCCUAUGGCCCCUGAGCAACGCCCUAUGGUCCCUGAGCACAGUCCCCAACAGGGUGGGCCCCAGGAGCACAGCCCUAUGGUCCUUAAGCACAGUCCUAUGGUCCCGGAGCACAGUCCCCAACAGGGUGGGCCCCAGGAGGACAGCCCUAUGGUCCUUAAGCACAGUCUCAAACAGGGUGGGCCCCAGAAGGACAGCCCUAUGGUCCCUGAGCACAGUCCCCAACAGGGUGGGCCCCAGGAGGACAGCCCUAUGGUCCCUGAGCACAGUCCCCAACAGGGUGGGCCCCAGGAGGACAGCCCUAUGGUCCCUGAGCACAGUCCCCAACAGGGUGGGCCCCAGGAGGACAGCCCUAUGGUCCCUGAGCACAGUCCCCAACAGGGUGGGCCCCAGGAGGACAGCCCUAUGGUCCCUGAGCACAGUCCCCAACAGGGUGGGCCCCAGGAGGACAGCCCUAUGGUCCCUGAGCACAGUCCCCAACAGGGUGGGCCCCAGGAGGACAGCCCUAUGGUCCCUGAGCACAGUCCCCAACAGGGUGGGCCCCAGGAGGACAGCCCUAUGGUCCAUGAGCACAGUCCUCAACAGAGUGCGCCCCAGAAAUCGCCCUCUAUUGGGGACAACCAGGACUGUCCCAGCUCAGCACACACCACCUGCCUGCAGGACCUCUCCUCCUGACCAUCUGCACACUGACUACAGGCCUUGCACGUCCCCAUAGUCCCUAAAACUGUCACCCAACUUGAUGGCACUUCUUGGUUCUAAAAAUGUCCCUGCAUGGGGGGACAACCUGGACUGGCCAAACCUGCCUGCAGGACUCCUUCCUUCCCUGGGGACCCACCAUCUACAGACUGAUAAGAGCCCUCACAUGUCCCCUUAGUCCCUGAUACUCGGCACUGUCCCCAC